AGGUCUGCUCGGUGCUGUCGACUCCUUGUUUUCUAAAGGGCCUACAUUUGGAAAUGUUCACCCUGGAUGGACGUCUUUACGGGUAACUACUGCCACUUGAACUCAGCACAAUUGUAAAUGUGAAGUUUGUUGUGUUGUGUCGUUAAUGUACCAUUUAUCUUAGGCUUCUAUUCAAGGAUUGACAUUCCAUUAGGCAUGCAAUCUUAUGACGGCCAAUAUCAAAAUAAUCACAAUUUUCUCAAUUAUCCCUGAGCAAAUGUUCUCAUUCUGCUAGCUUGACGCUAACGUAUAAUGCAGAGCGCCAUAGAUGAGCUCGUGGAAAUUAGCGUAAUUAUAAAUCUUCAAACAUCGGCUAGUUUAGCACAUAUGAAGCAGCAAUUCUUAUGGUCCGGUAUUGAUCAGCUGCAUUAAAAAAAACAACAACAUUUCCGACAAUUAGCCCGUUUUUUCAAUCACUCUGCCUUGGUCUAAUGAUAUGGAAACAUUUGUUUUACAAAUGGUCCCAUCGGAGCUGUUGCCACGUUGGCGUUGUGGUGGGGGGAAAAAAGCUCCUACUAACUAAAAUAUGUCACCCUGUUGACGGCAUCCAUCUUUAAACGUGUGACAGUGAUAUCCUGGAAUCAACAUGUCAGGCCUCUCCCCAACAUCAUCGCCACCAAUUCAUCAAACGUUGCUCGGCUGAAUGUGAAUCCGACUCUAAUUGAAUGCUGUCCCGAGACAAAAUUCUCCUCAGGGAGACAAAGCAAGAGCAACCUUGACCCUUGACCUCAUCUUCAUCAUCAUCAUCCUCAUCCUCAUCAUUAUCAACAUGUUGUUCCUGGCGCACACAGGCCAUUGGCAAUUUUUGGGCUUGCUGGUCGGCUGCCUGGCGUGGAUCCUCACCAUGGCCACGACGGGCAUGGACGAGUGGCGCCUGUGGCACUUGCACCCCGACAACUGCACGUCCAUCAUCACCUCGGGCGUGGCCUGGGUAGGCAUCUGGCGAGCUUGCUUCCACAGCCAUGCUUUACCCAAGAUGGAAAACUGCCAGACUAUGACCAUAUCGGAUCGUUUUGUCCCGGUGGAAAUACGGGUGGCGCAGGUUCUCAUGGCGCUGGCCAUGUUGGGCGGCCUGGCGGGCAAUGCCGCCGCAGUCCAGGCGGUGAGGCGGGUUUACUUCACAAUGGAGUGUCGGAGCGGUGUGCGUGCAGCCUUCAUCCUUGCGGGCACGCUCUAUCUCCUCAGCGCGGCUCUCGUCCUCGUGCCCCUGGUGUGGAACGCGAGCGCCGUGGUGAACAACGCUACUAUCCCCUUCCCGCCCCGCUUCAGGCUUCCCGACGCUCCCGCCGGCCAGCAAGUGGGCACGGCUGUCAGGGUGGGUUUCGUGGCCGCUGUCCUCAUGAUUGUCAGCAGUCUGCUGUUUCUCGCCCACCGGCACGUGUGGAGGGCCCUCGGACCCGAGCUGCAUGGAAGGGGGAUGGCAGAGGAGAACAAGCAAGGCAGGGAUAAUCCCGCUUUUCAUGCUGAUCGAGUGUCGUGAUGAGAAAAUGAUAUAAAUCCACCCGUUUUUAUUCAUCUCAGACAGAUUUUGGACUAACGAUGCCGCUUUACUCGCCCUGGCGAGAAGAGACGCCACAGGUGGCCAUUUUACGUUGCCACUCACUAAGAGGGCCAAACUUGAAUCCUGUACAUUGAUUUAGCUGUGGUGUUUUCAUGUUAUUUUCUGUCUCUUUGGUGAAAAUGGCGUAUGUGUGGCGUACGGUUAUACCUGCUUGUCUGGAAGAAGCGCUACAUGCAAAUUUCAUAGGUAAGAAUGCGAUUGCAAAUUUUCUCUUUUAAAGUAUAUUUCCGACAACUGCUCAAAGAUUCGUCUGCAUCAUGUCAGAACCAUUAACAAAGAAUUGAAAGCGAAAAUUUGCUACAAAAUGUAAACCCAACUUCACUAAGUCACGAUUCACGGUGGGCGAUGCAAACAGUGAAGUUAUAACGCACACUGAUAAAUGUUUUUAGCGAAAAUAAACUAUAACUGUCACUAACAAUGGCAAUGUAAGAUGUCUGCCGUUUGACUUCGCCACAAAGGGCUAUUUGUUAAUCCAUCAUGUACCAAAGUCUCCCACGCCAAAAAAAAAAAGUAAGCAGCAUAAAAUAUGGAUAUCGAAAUGGACAAUGU